AUACAAUUUGCAACAGAAUAUUUUUGGGCUAUCCUUUAAGUAAAUUUAACUUAACGCUGAUUGCGAACGAUUGGUUUAAUUUUGUUCACUUGAACCUGCAAACCUGUUUGGUUAAGGAUACGUGCAUAAACUUAAGCAUUGUAAAUUCAGUGUAUUCGCUUCUACGUGUAAUUAGACUCUAUCUAAUUCCACAUUUAAAAAAUAAAAUUGUUAUACGUGUAUACCUAUUAGCAUUUUCUGUUUCUGAUUUUUUAUUCUUUCAUUUUCCUUCGUCAAUCAGUGGUGUAUAGUUGAACUGCGGAACUGUGGAGUUGUUUGGGUAUUUACCCAAAGUGCCAUGAUCUGAAGACAGAAGAGAUUUCUGGGGACCAACUGUGAACAGCUGGGAACUAUGUCACACAGUACCUAUGGGAGGAUGUGGACAGAGGCCCAGGGGGCCCUGCAGGACAUGCUGGAGGAGGAGCUUCCAGCGGUCCCUCCCCGGCCGCAGAAGGACCGCCUCCUGGUCUUCCAGACCCUGGCCACGUUCUACGUGAAGUACCUGCAGAUCCUGCGGAGCCUGGAGGCGGUUUACGACCAGAUGGUGCACCCGCAGAAGCGGCGCGUCGUGCGGCACGUGCUGGACGGCGUGACGGGCCGCCUCCUCGAGCUGAAGAACGAGAUGGUGGAGCUGGAGUUCUCAGAAUUCCACUACUACGACGACAUUCUGCAGGACCUCAAACUGACCCCCGGGGAUCUGGAGGUCCCCAUUCCACGCUACUUUGUGAGCGAGAAACUGCGUGUGCUGCGGGAACGGGAAAAGUUACUGGCCCAAAUUCUCGCCCGUGGGGAACACCUGGAUCCAGCGCCGGAAGUCCGAGCGCGUGCCCUGCCCAUAGACGAGGCGGUGCGUCUGGUGCAGGUGUCUGAGCGCGCUCGACAGGGCCGUCUCAGGGCCAGCUUUAUGAAGGAGAUCCGCAGGGAGGAAGAGAGGUACCGUCAGGGCCGGAACUGCAACGGCGACACCUUGGACCCGAACGCGGCAGCCACCCUCAUCCAGAAGGUGUGGCUCGGGUACAGUACGAGGAAGAGGAUGAAAAAGGAGCGACUGGAGGAGAUGGUGUUUCUGGGGAUGGAGCCCCCUCCGCAGCAGGGGAGGCAGAGCGCUGCACAGGUGCGCAUGCAGCAGGUGGAAUGCACCCGCAGGCUGCUGCAGGAGAAGCACGAGGCCGACUUCCUGCAGGCUAAGGACAAAAUCAAGGACUCGGUGAGGGAGGUGGAGGGGCCCGACAUGCAGCAGACAUUGCAGGAGCAGAUUCGCCAGUGGUUCAUCGAGUGCCGAGAUGCCACUGGGAAGUUUCCAGACUUCCCCAGCAUAGAUGAAGGGGGGUCGGCAGCCAUAUUUGCACAGAAGACACCUGAGCAGGUUGCUGCUGAACUGGCUGCCAAAGAGGAGGAGAAGGAGAAGAGGAAGAAAAGUAAAGGGAAAAAAGGGAAGUCGUCUGGGAAGGAGAAGAAGAAAGACAGGAAGGGAAAGGGGAAAGGAAAGAAGGGUGAUGCAGAUUCUGAGGAGGAGACAGGUUGGAAAAUGCCCCCCAGCAGUUUCCUGCCAGCGGUGGUUGAGGGGGCCAAUACCUACAAAGAGGUGUGGCAGCACCGAGACGAGAGCCAGAACUUCACACAGACCUUUGACGCCCAGCUGGUGCGGGAGGAGAAGCGGGUGGAGGUGGAGGAAGAGGUCAGAGUUCAGGUUGAUGAGCUGAUGAGACAAGAACUGAAGAACCUCAAGAUAAUAGUGGACCGAGUGAAAGAUAAGAAGAAAAAAAAGGGAAAGAAAAAGAGCAAGAAGAAGAAGAAGAAAGGGAAGACUUCUAAGAAGAAGAAGAGGAGGGAGAAAGAUCAGACAGCAGACAGGACGAUAGAGUCCCUGUAUGAAGAGCUGGUCUUAGAGGGAGUCCUGAUCAAGCCAUUGAACGUCAAAUUGUCUGAAUACAUCGGUGAGUACAGCUACCUGGGCACCACCCUGCGCCAGGCUGACAUCGAGCCCAUGCCCUCUCUCUCCGACGUCCGUCAGCUUGUGGCCCUGUACGGGAUUCUGCCCCUGGGGUCCCAGGCGGUCCAUGAGCGGGCCCCGCUGGUGAAGACCCUGCUGCUGGCCGGGCCCGCGGGGGUGGGGAAGAGAAUGCUGGUCCACGCUCUCUGCACCGAGACCGGGGCCAACCUCUUCAACCUGUCCCCGGCCAACCUGGCUGGGAAAUACCCAGGCCGCAGCGGCCUGCAGUACCUCCUGCACGUCGUCUUCAAGGUGGCUCGUCUGCUGCAGCCCUCGGUCAUCUGGAUCGGCGACGCAGAGAAAACCUUCUACAAGAAAAUCCCCAAGCCAGACAAAGAGAUGGAGCCCAAAAGGCUGAAGAAGGACCUCCCGAAGUUGCUGAAGCUGAUCAAGCCCGAGGACCGCGUGCUGAUCGUGGGGACCACGCAGCGCCCCUUCGACGCCGACCUCAAGCCCCUGUGCAAGGUCUACCGGAAGAUCAUCCUCAUCCCCAGGCCAGACUACGCCACCAGGCUCGCCCUGUGGAGCCGCUCUCUGGAGGAGCGUGGGGGCCAGCUGAGCCCUGAGCUGGACCUGAGCUCGCUGGCCAAAGUGACGGACGGCUACACGCAGGGCCGCAUCCUGCGGGCUGUGCAGGCGGUGCUGACCCAGCGGCGGCUGGACCUGCAGACCCAGAGGCCCCUCAGAGCGCUGGAGUUCAUCCCCCCCCUCGCCAGGCAGGACCCCGUCUACAAGGACGAGGAGGAGACCUUUAAGGCCUGGUACAGCAGGACCCCGCUGGGCAAGAAGAGGGCACGGGCCGCCAGGGCCAGCGAGGAGGGGGAGAUGGGUAACGGCCCCGAGAAAGGAGGGAAGGGAAAAAAGAAAAUGAUGGAGGGCAAAGCGAAGGGGAAGAAAAAGAAGAAGUGA